ACUACGGCGAGUCGGCCGAGCCGACCCAGGUCUUCCAGCGGCGGAGCGGUGGAAAAACCGGUAGCGCCACGACAUUUCUUCGCGACCCGGAGGAGGAAAUGCAUUUACGGCGGUAAAGUGCAUCGCCGAGAGAAAGGGGAACCUAUUAUCCGCCGGUGAACGCCGCCGCGGACUUUAUUCGCUUCAUUCAGUGCGUGAUUCUUAGUCUCAUAUGUGCGGGCACCUUCCUCCUCGCUCGGCAGGAACUCUCCGCACCGCGAUUCCGCUCCUCGCGCUCGUUAGUCAGUGAUAAAGGAAGACAGGCGUGCGGGCGGACCGGCGAAGCUUCAGCCGCUUCGCGCGCGCGACGAAACUCGCGUCGCUCUUCUUCGUCGUCUGAUCGGCAUUUUAGCGGAACUCGAGAGUGAGGGAGAGAAAGUGAGAGAGAGCCGCGUCGCGCGUUUAACGACGAAGAUUUCGACGAGCGAGCAACAAUUCGCGAGAGUGCGAGACGGCAGAACUGACGUGUCGCGAUCAAAGUAUUCGGAAUAUAUUUCUUCUCUCCCGAAUUUUCGUCCACGCCGCUGACGACGCUGAACGCUGAAGCGACGUUCCGGCAAGUAACGAGUCGGCGAUUUCCAAGCCGCGAUUCUUCGCCGCGCUCGCUUUCGUCUAGAUCGUCACGAGCCGCAGCGAGCACGUGCUACCGGCUCGUUGGCCAAAAUCAGCAAGCAUCCAGCGAGCAUCCACGAGGGAGCGCGGUUUCCCGAGCGGUUCUCGGCAUCGUUCGCAUACCACCUGCGUAUCUUUCGGAGCAUGCUCGAGAAUCCGCGCGAAUAAAUACCUGUCGGUUAAAGCGGCACUGUUGUUCCGCCGCGGAGGAGUUGCAUCGUGAGCUGCUAAGAUGACGGUCGCUGGAAACCGCAGCGACAGAAACCGAUGAGAGAUCGAGAUCCCCGGUCUCUCUAUUGGACGGGAUUCUAGUCGGUCGUUUCUCUGUUUCCCAAAGUGCGAGCGAACUCUUCUGCCGACGCGAGAGGUGAUUGUCCCGACGACGCGACUAACGACGGGAACAUGACGCGUACGUUGAACCGCCUGCUGGUGACGCUGUGCAUCGUGCACGUGGCGAUCGCCGAGAAGGAGUCCAACAUUCUGAAGCUGAGCAGACCGCAAAAGAUCAAGGCUACCACGACGGAGCUUAACGCGACCGAAGACGCGGAGGACAAGGACGAGUCGAGGAAACGAGCGUCUCCGCUCGGCUUCAGCAGAAACAAUCCGGAACUCGACUGGAAGAAUUACUUGAAGACGUUGGACGGAAGCGAGGAGAUGCACCGGGACUUCGACGUGGAUUUCAUGAAGGAGAAGCUCGAAAGAACGGCCAACAGUAUACAGUGGCUCGCCGAUCUUUACGAUCCUCUCAGGUGGGCCAGAGUGCCGGGGAAAGUUCGGGACGAGUGCAGGAGGGAUAUGGAGAGCUUCCUCGGCGCGCUGAGGGACGGGAAACUCUGGGCCGCGAAGAUGUCAGACGCGAGCGGCCGCUACUCCUCGCAAUUCCAUUUUGGUAACGGCUUCUGGCUAGGCUCGAGUAUCCUCUGCAGGGAGCUCAAUGUCGCCCACGGAAAAAAUACGAGGGAAAUUGACGACGACGACGACGAGGCGGAGGGCGAAGAGAGGCCGGGAACAGGGGAGCCACCCUUUCCCUUGAGAUUUCACGUCGCGAGGCUGUACCUAACGUUGCCGAAGGAGCUCGAUUUUUCGACACGUCAGGUGUUUUUGGGUCUCUGCCUGCCGAGUACGUGCGACCGCGCAUCUCUGACCUCGAUGCUAAGGGCCAGCGCCGAUAGGGUCGAGCGCGAGGGCAAUUCGACCUAUCGAUCGAGCGGCCCGAAGAUUCACGUGGUUACGGUGAAGCCCGUGCCGUCCAGCAAUUACUGCGCUUGGCGGGAUCCCAAAUUUUACGUGCUCUCAGCCAUCGGCGGCGCGAUACUGUUGCUGAUGGUCUGCGCGACCGCAUACGAGUACAGGUCGUUACCUCCGCCGAAGGACAUAGAGUCCUCGAGCGCGUCGAAUAACAACGACAAGACCAACGAGGACAAGAAUCUGAACGACGACCGCGGGAGCGCGCUGGGCCUGGAAAACGGUCAGGAGCUGAUCGAGAAGGGGACCAAGCGUCCGCAAAAAGAGGGCCCGAUCCAGAAGAAGGACCCGCACCGGGAAGGAUUCUGGCUGAGGUGCCUGCUCGCGUUCAGCCCCACUGUCAACGGCAGCAAGAUCAUUAGCACGGAGCCCGCAGCCAAGGAUAAUCUCACCUGCCUGCACGGUCUCCGAGUGCUCUCACUGGGAUGGGUCGUCAUGGUGCACACGUACCUUCAAGUCUUCUCUAUUGCCGAGAACAAGAUGCUGCGAACGGUCACCGAGAGGAAUUUCAUGUUCCAGACCAUCAGCAACGCCACGUUCUCCGUCGACACUUUCUUCUUCAUCAGCGGCCUACUGGUGACUAUACUGUUCUACCGAUCUCUGGGCAGCCUCGGCAGCGAGAAGGGCACCUACUUGAAGACAAGCUCCACAAAGUUUAUUAUAAUGAUCUUGUACCGAUUCGUUAGAUUGACGCCGGCUUAUCUCUUUGUGCUGGGGAUGAACGAGAUCGCCAUAAAGCAAGCCCAGGCGAGAACAGUCUUUUCGCCAGCUGUUGUCGAUCACCUGACCUGCGAGAAGUUCUGGUGGCGAAACGCACUUUACCUGAACUCGCUGUACCCCCGCACGGAAAUGUGCAUGCUGUGGAGCUGGUACAUGGCGAACGACACGCAGUUCUACGUCCUUGGGAUAUUCCUUCUUUUGCUGUCGGUGAAAUAUUUCAAGACCGCGAUCGGCAUCGUCUCGCUGCUGAUCGCCUCUUCGUGGUUCACCACGUUCUCCAUCGCCUACAGCAACGAUUACAUAGCGAGAAUCCAGGAGCCGUUCGCUCUGUUCGACGAGCUCUACGACAAGCCCUGGCUAAGAGCGGGACCGUACUUCAUCGGCACGAUCACCGGAUACAUCCUCUUCAAGACUAAAUGCCAGCUCAAGCUGCCUCUGGGAGCGGGCCUGAUCGGCUGGAUGUUGUCCGCGAUGGUCAUGUUCUCGGUGGUGUACGGCCUCUACCCCGGAAAUCUCACGGUGCUAACGAGCUCCGUGUACGCAGCCUUGGGUCAUACCGCGUGGGCAAUGGCCGUGGCUUUUAUCGUGAUUCAAUGUUGCACGGGCUCGGCACGAAUGAUCGACAGUUUGCUCUCACUUAGGCUAAUGUAUCCUCUCUCGCGGCUCACGUACUGCGCCUAUCUGGUGCAUCCCGUUAUCAUGAUGGUCACGUGUGCGCAGAUGGACGGGCCGCUGCAUCUUCACAAUGGGCUUGUGCUCAUCCUCUACUUCGGUAACCUGGUGGCGUCGUACCUCCUGUCCUUCUGCGUCUCCCUCGCCCUCGAGGCGCCGGUGGUGAAUUUGUUGAAAAUUGCAUUCACCUCGAAGAAGAGGGCGAGGUAGAAUACGAUCGCUGGCCUGAUAGAAGGACAAAUGCGAUUAUCUAGCGCGGUAACGACGUUUCUCCCGCUUUCAAUCUUGACGACGAGGGCAAGAUGAGUAUCGCCGGAUAGCUUUCUAGGACGUAUUAGUGGUCACAAGUCGCCGACGAUCCAACGGAUCGUGAUAAUGCGGCGAUAAAUCAUCCGAUUGGAGCGACCCUCUAUAGCGUUGGAGUUCCUCCUCCCUCUCUCCCCAGCCACGCAAGCGCAGCAAGCUAAAUUGCUCAUAAAUCGGUCACUGCGUCAUGUCGCGUUAUUAACGAGAGUGAGGUUGAAAUUUUCCGAAUGCGGCGGCGGCCGCUCGUUUUCGGACUACCUCGCUCGGUGCUCGCGGAGGAAACGCAACGCAACGAGCGCGAAUGUUAGCCCGACACGCGAGUUAGCCUGUCCGUCGGUUUUAGCGCGAUAAGGAUCGCUGGCGCGCUGGACCAGCCGCGACCCGCUACUCUGCUGUAAUCGUUUAUUUACAUAAUGAAUUAGAAAACGUUCUCUCGCCACGCCUGACGGAGAUGCAAAUCGCCGGUUACGGAAAUCAAGCCGCAUAGAAUGUCGCAGAAGAUUUUGCCCGCGCAGUUUUCACCGCGGGUAUGUCGCGUCGUGUGUCCCCGAGCGUACGAGGAGGGGGAAAUCUACGACUGUAACCGAGGAAACGCAUCGAAAUGGCGCGCGAUAAUGACGAUGGCGAAAAUGCUCAUGCGUGUAAAUCGGACCAUGUUUUGUAACGGACAUCUGUAAUUUGUCCUCUUUCUCUGUGUAAAAUAAAGAGACAGCCUGCGCGGCAAUAACGAAGAGAGUUUCAUUGCGCGUUCGGCGGUCGCGCUGCCCGAGUAAAUAAUAAAUUCGGCCGCGAUAACAACGCGGGAGGGUCGAGGACGAGAGAAAAUCGUCGCCAUCGUGAUAGUGACGCCGUAGUAGCGGCUUUGUACAUACGUACGUACGAAUGCGCAGCGCGCGGCCAGAGAUAGAGGGUGGCUCGAUAACAAAAAACAAAAAAGGGAACGAGGUGAAAAAAUAAAAAUAACAAGUGUAAGCGAAAAAUAUGUUGCUACAGGUCGACGCAAAAUAAGAAUAGGUGGAAAAAAAAUGCAUUACUCUCUCACCGCGCGCGCGCGCGCGCACACAGCGCCGGCACGGAGCAGUUUCACCGAAGGGCCGAUUCGCUCGCGCCAAACGAGAAUAUAC